GUGUUCGCGACGUUGCUAGGAGACGACAGCGCCAUUGCUGCUCUGUUUUGUCCUCCCCCUUUUUUUGAGUUUCGCUGGGUGUUUUUCGGCAGGAUUGAGCGCCAUGGAGAUUGUUCAUGAGUACUCGAAACCUCGCAGGGAUUUUGGCCGCCAAUGUCUCUUCUCUGACCGUCCGGCGGAGCUUGUUGCGGACGUGCCUCCUGACCCGAACCUGGCGCUGCAGUUCAUGCCGAGGGGGAGCAGCGGCCAGGCGCUUCAGUGUUCUCGGGACAUGUCCGAGCAUCAGAUAAACACAGAGAGGUUUGAAUCAGAAAGCCGCGGAAUAAACCACGUGGAAGGGGGCUGGCCCAAAGACGUUAACCCCCAAGAGGUGGAGCAAACCAUUCGUUUCAGGAAGAAGGUCGAGAAGGAUGAGAGUUACUUGAACAGCAUCGCGCAACUCGGCGGCGUAAGACCCGCUGUUGUCCCACACUGCCUCGAUUUAACCCUGAAAUCAUCCUGCACUCUAUUAUGUCAUCUGUCUGGGGUCCAGGUUAUAGAGCACUGCGUUGGACAGAACACCGCCGUUGACAUCUACCAGAAGUACUUUGAGGAUGAAGAUCUACUCGACGAAAUUCAGGAUCCGCCAUUCGCUAAUACUAUCUAUGUUUUCCGAGAUCCAAACCGGGUGAAGCGAACAGUUAGCUGUCUAUCCUGGCACCCCGACGGAGGCAGGAAAUUGGCCGCUGCCUACUCAUGCCUGGACUUCCAGAAAGCUUCCGCAGACAUGAGCCCCGAUUCAUACAUCUGGGACCUCGAGAAUCCCAACAAACCUGAGUUAACUCUGAAGCCGGCGUCUCCUCUUGUCUGUUUGGACUACAAUCCAAAAGACUCGCACACUCUCGUCGGCGGGAGCUACAAUGGCCAGAUUGUGUUCUGGGACACCCGUAAAAGCGGUCAGUCCAUGGAUGUUUCCUCUCUGGAGCAGAGUCACAGGGAUCCGGUCUACAAAACCAUUUGGUUACAAUCCAAGACCGGGACCGAAGCCUUCUCUGCAUCCACCGAUGGACAGGUUCUGUGGUGGGACGUCCGUCGGCUGAGCGAGCCCACGGAGCAGUUAAUUUUGGACCUGGGUCGGGAAGGGAACCUGGACCGGGCUUUGGGAGCUAUCUCUCUGGAGUUUGAAGCCACCAUGCCAACCAAGUUCAUGGUGGGGACCGAGCAGGGUGUCGUUGUGUCCUGUAACAGGAAGGCAAAGACUCCGGCCGAGAAGAUCGUGGGUACCUACGAAUGUCACCAUGGACCUGUCUAUGCCCUGCAAAGAAAUCCCUUCUUCCCCAAAAACUUCCUCACUGUGGGUGACUGGAGGGCUCGAAUUUGGUCCGAGGACAUAAAGGACUCAUCCAUCAUGUGGACAAAAUACCAGAUGUCAUGCCUGACAGAUGCCUGCUGGAGUCCUAUUAGACCCUCCGUCUUUUUCACAGUGAAGAUGGAUGGCGUGCUGGACAUCUGGGACGUCUUGUUUAAGCAGAACGACCCCACGCUGAGUGUAAAGGUGUGUGAUGAAGCUCUGUUUAGCCUGCGGCUGCACGAGAACGGUCGCCUGGUGGCUUGCGGAUCACAGCAGGGUGCGGCUACAAUACUGGAGGUCUGCUCGGGACUGUCUAACCUCCAGAAGAAUGAAAAGAGUCUUAUGGCCGAGAUGUUAGAGCGCGAGGCGAAGCGCGAGAAGAUCCUGGAGGCUCGUCAGAAGGAGCUGCGGCUGAAGGAAAGGAGUCGCUCCGAGCAGAGCCGAGAGGACGAGGCGGGACGAGACGCGGCCGAGCGAGAGGAGUCUCCCGAGCAAAUGAUCGCCAGAGCUGAACAAGACUUCUUCAGCAUGGUGGAAGCUGAGAAGAGGAGGAGGAAGGAAAAAGAGGAAGAAAAAAAGCAGCUUGUAGGCAGGAGGCGGACAACAAGAGUGCACCAGAAGAGCUCGGCUGGGUAUGAAGCGCAGUUUGUCCUAAAUCAGUCUAACCAAUGGGACGCAGCGUCACCAUCCAUAUUUUUUCUUUCGUGCCUGACCACACAUCUCAAUCAGCCAGCAGUCAAUUUCCGUCAUUGCAGUAUCCGCAAUUUUGAACACACAUCAUUGCUGUACAAUUGCAGGAGUUGUGUUUCUGCCGUGCAGUGACAAGGCAGCAGAACCUUUUCUUGUAAUGGGCUAGGAAAAAAAAAAUCCCACUAUUGCAGGCGGCAUCAGAGGCACAAAUCAUCUCACCUGGGCAAUUUCCUCAUCCAUUUGCGUCAAACGCUUUCUCUGGCAUUUGAGUCAGAGAAGAAAGCACAAUAGAAAAGUAAAUGGUUCCAUGUUCUUGUGAGAGCGAGUGCUGCUGAUUGUAGAAGCUACGUCAUCAGUAUUGUUUGUCUAACAAUUUUUU